AUGAAUACAAGAUAAAAGUUACUAUAAAAUAUUAGUUAUAUAGCAAAUGAUGUUAGAGUAAAAUAACAGAAUCAGAGUAACUUAAGAAUAAGAUCAUAAAAGUCAAGAAAGGAGAAUGUUAGUUUUAUUGUGACAAAACAUGCAUAAUAACCAAAAGGGAAUAUUAAUUUGUAUUAGACUCAAAUACAUUCACCAAUAAAGAAUAGAAGCAUAAAUUAGAAUAAAGAGAAUAAUGUAAAUUAUGCAUAUGUGCCAUUAAAGAAUUCAGAUGAACUAAUUAUUAAUAGUGCAGAAUCACAUUCACUUAAUUUAUCAUAUUCACCUUCAUCUAAAAAGAAGCCAUAACCAUCAUGUUUUGUAUUACCUUCUAGAAGUAUUAAACCUAAGAUGAAAUUGACUAAAAAAGCAUUAGAGAUAAGAAGCAUAUAUUUGGAUAAGCCAAAAGCAAAACUAAAUAAUUUUAUAAACAUAAAGGGUACAUAAAAAGUAAUAAGGUGA